AUGUCCGACAACGGCGACAACAAUGGUGGCGACCCGUCGCAGCAGGCGGGGUCCGGAGCGGAGGGCGAGGCCAUGGGCGAGAAUAAAAUGAAGUCGCGCCUCCGCAAGGGAGCCCUCAAGAAGAAGAAUGUCUUCAAUGUGAAGGAUCACUGCUUCAUCGCGAGGUUCUUCAAGCAGCCCACCUUUUGCUCGCACUGCAAGGACUUUAUCUGCGGUUAUCAGUCGGGAUAUGCCUGGAUGGGAUUCGGGAAGCAAGGAUUUCAGUGCCAAGUUUGCUCCUACGUGGUGCACAAGCGAUGCCAUGAAUACGUCACCUUCAUAUGUCCCGGCAAGGAUAAGGGCAUCGAUUCGGACUCACCAAAAACUCAACACAAUUUCGAACCAUUCACAUAUGCAGGACCCACGUUCUGUGACCAUUGUGGUUCGCUGUUGUACGGCAUCUACCACCAGGGUCUCAAAUGCUCAGCAUGUGACAUGAACGUGCAUGCACGCUGCAAGGAGAAUGUGCCAAGCCUCUGCGGAUGCGAUCACACGGAGCGACGGGGACGCAUUAAUCUCGUGAUCAACGUCAAGGACAACCUCCUCACUGUCCAGAUCAUAGAGGGUCGGAAUCUCAUACCCAUGGAUCCCAACGGACUCAGCGACCCCUAUGUCAAGGUCAAGCUCAUUCCGGACGACAAGGACCAGAACAAGAAGAAGACACGCACCAUCAAGGCUUGCCUGAAUCCCGUCUGGAACGAGACCAUCACCUAUGACCUAAAGCCCGAGGACAAGGAUCGACGUAUCCUCAUCGAGGUAUGGGACUGGGAUCGCACUUCGCGGAAUGAUUUCAUGGGCGCCCUGUCCUUUGGCAUCUCGGAGAUCAUCAAGAACCCCACCAACGGGUGGUUCAAGCUGCUCACCCAGGACGAGGGCGAGUACUACAAUGUGCCCUGUGCCGACGACGAGCAGGAUCUGCUCAAGCUCAAGCAGAAGCCAUCGCAGAAGAAGCCCCUGGUAAUGCGCAGCGAUACGAACACGCAUUCGUCCAUAUCCAAGAAGGACAUGAUCCGGGCCACGGACUUUAACUUCAUCAAGGUCCUGGGCAAGGGAUCCUUUGGCAAGGUCCUGCUGGCAGAGCGCAAGGGCAGCGAGGAGCUGUAUGCCAUCAAGAUACUCAAGAAGGAUGUGAUCAUUCAAGACGACGAUGUCGAGUGCACCAUGAUCGAGAAGCGCGUCCUGGCCCUGGGUGAGAAGCCACCAUUUCUGGUCCAAUUGCAUUCCUGCUUUCAGACACUGGAUCGCUUGUUCUUUGUCAUGGAGUAUGUGAACGGCGGUGAUCUGAUGUUCCAGAUCCAACAGUUUGGCAAAUUCAAAGAGCCAGUCGCAGUUUUUUAUGCAGCGGAAAUAGCCGCUGGACUUUUCUUUCUGCACACCAAGGGGAUCCUGUAUCGCGACCUGAAGCUGGACAAUGUCCUUCUCGAUGCGGAUGGCCACGUGAAGAUUGCCGACUUUGGAAUGUGCAAGGAGAACAUUAUGGCCGACAAGACGACUAAGACCUUCUGCGGCACCCCGGACUACAUAGCACCUGAGAUUAUCCUGUACCAGCCGUAUGGCAAAUCUGUGGACUGGUGGGCCUAUGGAGUGCUGCUCUACGAGAUGCUGGUGGGUCAGCCGCCCUUCGAUGGCGAGGAUGAAGAGGAGCUCUUUGCGGCCAUCACCGAUCACAAUGUAUCCUAUCCGAAGAGCCUCAGCAAGGAGGCCAAGGAGGCCUGCAAAGGUUUUCUCACCAAACUACCCAACAAACGCUUGGGCUGUGGUCCCACCGGCGAGGAGGAUGUGCGUCUGCAUGCCUUUUUCCGGCGCAUUGAUUGGGAGAAGAUUGAGAACCGUGAAGUGCAGCCCCCGUUUAAGCCAAAGAUUAAACACCGCAAGGAUGUGUCCAACUUUGACAAGCAGUUCACAUCAGAGAAAACAGACUUGACGCCCACGGAUAAGGUAUUCAUGAUGAACCUGGAUCAGUCGGAAUUUGUUGGCUUCUCCUAUGUGAAUCCCGACUACGUAAUCCUCCCAUAGAUCUCUGAUCUGAUCAGAGACAAUCCCCAAUCUGCGCGUUGUGCCCUAUAAAUCUCUUUUGAUAUUCGAUAUUAACAUCUUUUGGCAAUGCAAAAAGACAAUUUGUUAUAUUUAUAAAUAAUUUAUAUGUAGCUUAUAGUUUCUAAAGAGCAAUUAUUCUUUGUUAAGUUUUCUGUUUCUGUUUGUUUUCUGUUAUUUAUAUAUGUACAUUUACAUUUAAUCGAUUGUUAAGUUUUAACUGUUUAACAGACUUUCAGUUGUGCAAUAAUCGAAUACUGUUCAACAUCUCAAGUCUCAUCUGGCAGCCAAAGGAAAGCAAUAUAUGUAUCUAAGCCAUAACCAUAGCGAAUAUUCAAGCAUCCCGCCCCCGUUUCUCAUUCUGUGUAGCAUUCUAGCGAUCCGCGAUCUAUCGUUUCAGUCCAAUUUUGAACAACUUUUCGAAGCUUUAAAUGUUUAAAUAUUCCAAUUGAGAGAGUUCACUUAUUUUUGAGCAAACAUCUAAGUGUUUUGUAGAAAUCUAAUCGAUUUUAAUAUAUAAAUAAAAUUGGAAAUCGUACAUAUACGAAUGAAAGAUCAGAGAUGUUAGAAGUUUGGAGUUUGGAGUUUGGAGUCAGGUUCAAACGUCAUUCGGUUGUAGUGUUCGCCCCGGCAUUACGAUCAAAUCGAAAUCGCGUUUAACUGGGUUCGCCAAAAAUACAAAACGGAUAAAUUACAUUAGAGAAGUAUCUAGAGAAAAGCAAGCAAGCAAGCAACACAGCAAUUACCAAUUCGGUUAAUCGUGUAUUCAAUUUUUAAGCUGAGAAAUAUCAUAGAAAGCGUAAUCUUUUAAUUCCAUUCAAAUAUAUAAAUGUGCGUGUAAAUUCAAUUAAUUUUACAUUUUAUUUAACAAACAAAAAAAAAACAAAACAUAACCAUUAUUAAGGUAUAUAUAGCGUGUCUAUAUAUACAGCUGGCAUAGAGUCUCAAUGUACCAUAAUUAACAAAUUGCAUAGCAAUAAGUUAAACUUAGUAAAUACUUAAAACUGUAAAGCUGUAAAACUGUACAACUAUAAAACUGUAAAACUGUACAACUAUAAAACUGUAACCCAAAAAGGGAGAACGAGACGACUACGCUCCCCGUUGGAGAUUGUUUUCGAGUUUCGAGAACUUUAGUACCUACUACACAUGAAACUAGCUGCUAACUAUGGAUUAAAGACAAUCUACUUUAAGCGUGUAACAUAUGUACUCGUAUGUGACAUACACCCCCUAUCGUAUCGGCUAUCAUUAAGGUACAUAUACUAAUUUUUCCAUGAUUAGCGACAGCUGAGCUAAGCUUUUGUGCCUCUCGUAGCUCCGUAUCUUUCUCUCAUAGCAGAAUUCUGGCCACAAGAGGCUACAACUAUUUAUAGACAAAUUAUUAAAACGCAAACCGUGGUAGGAGCGAACGUUUUGCCAACUAAGGGAAUAAGGGAUUAAAAACUACAGAAAUGGAAACGAAAAUGAAAAUGAACAGAAUUACAUGACAGUUCGUUGGUGUAUCUUUAAAGUAGUUUGAAUCACACAAUACAUUUCGAUAAAUAACAGCAUUAAAGUAUAAACAAAAAAAACGUAUAAAUUGUAUAAUUGUAUAGCUCCGAACUUGAAGCAUUUAAAAAUUUUCUUUAACUCUCCAAAUUUGAAAUCAAAACGUAAGCUAAGAUAACCAAAAUGAUCAAAAUUAAAUAUGCUCGGUCCCCGCCACUGAGGGGAGAAUGAUUUAUCCAGAGAAUGAGUACUACUGAAAUUCAAACCCGAAUGCAAUCGUACUCCGAACGUGAAGAUAUAGAUGAAAUUUGCUCGUAUUUUUAACAAAUAAAUUUAAUAUAUACAUAACUAAAAUAUAAUCUGUGUACAAUUUAGAUGUAUGUGAUGUGUGUCUGAAUUACUUUAAUGAAUUUUAUGACAUAUUAAAAACCCAAAAACCAACUAAAAAAUACCUAUAAAUGAAGCAAACAUUUCCAAGUCAAGUCUGUUCAAAUUUUGAGAAUUACUCAAUUUGAAUACUCGUAAUUUUGAUUAUCGAAAGACAUAUACAUACCUACAUAUUAUGAGUGCAUAUUGGUAGAACUCAACUGCAUUCAGUUUUAUUUACAGCCAAAAUUUGUACACUGCAUAUUUAUAUGCUUACUUCUGAUGAAUUUCAAGGACAUUUUUUUAAAACCAAAGUCUCAUACAUAUGUAUGUAUGUAUUUUUAUUGCAUAUUAAAUUAAUACAAAACAAAAAUAGAUAUCUAAAUGCAUUACAUCUACGAAAUAUCGAUGUGAAAUUAUCCGAAAAAAAGAUACGAUAGCCACCAUUUGAUAUCUGGAUAGUAGACGAAAACUUCCAAAAGAAAAACACUCGAAAAACUAAAUGUAGAACCAACGCAAAACUAUUUUUACAUCUACAGAAUCCCUUUCACUGAAUACUCUAAAACACUGAACAGUCACUAACUAAGUAAUGCCUGUGUAUUGUAUGUAUAUGCUCCGUUAUAUAUGUACAUUUACUUAAGCAUAUAGUACUAUGCCAUGCCUAGAGGCCACCCCGAAUGUAAUCUGUAAUUUAUUGAGCCAAGCCAAACCGACAAACAACACACAAAAAAAUACAAAAUCAUGCAAUCGGACUUCGGCAUAUACUCGUACGUACCACACACACAAAUGUGCAUACUCGUAAUACCCGAAAGUAAAUACAAAUAUAUCUAAAUACUAAAACCAAACAGA